CCGGUAUCAGCUGAUCGCCAUCCCUCCCCGUGAAUCCAGUGGAAACCAGUUCCAGAGAAGAACCCAGAACCCGGCAGAAGAACAAAGCAGCAGAAAUAACCGACUACAAAACACGAUUUCUUGACUGUUGGACCAGAGACCGGAAGAUGUGUUUCAGCACCUGCCUGACAGACCAGACGUCCUCAGUUCCCUGGACGGACAGGAAAAAGUACAACACUCGCCACAAGCUGAGCUGAACACUCACAGUCUCACGCCAUCCCGUUUAGAGGUUUCUACUCUUCCGUUCUUGCAAUAAUCUCUUCGUCGUUGCCAUGACGAAAUCGUACAGUUUGAAGGUCGCGAACGCUCGCUUGGGCGGAUUCCCGCGGCUCCUACUUCGCUGGAAGGCCAGCAUCUACAAACUCUUGUACAAAGAGAUGGCGAUUUUCGUCGGCUUGUACGUCUCCCUCAGCAUUACGUACCGCUUCGCCCUGAACCCUCCGCAGAAGCGGACGUUCGAGAAGAUCGCGAUGUACUGCCAUCAGUACUCGGACCUGAUUCCGGUAUCGUUCCUCCUGGGGUUCUACGUGUCAAUCAUCUACGCGCGCUGGUGGAACCAGUAUCUGUCGCUGCCCUGGCCCGACAGGCUGGCGUCCAUGAUUGGCUGCGUGGUGCACGGGCCGGACGAGCGUGGGCGGCUAAUCCGGCGGACCAUGGUGCGGUACCUGAACCUGAGCGCUGUCAUGGUGAUGAGGGGCGUGUCCACGCUCGUGUACAAGCGGUUCCCAACCAUGACCCACAUCAUGGAUGCAGGGUUCAUGACGAUAGCAGAGUGGAAGGAGUAUGAAUCGUUAGAGUCUCACCACAGCAAGUUCUGGGUGCCGAUCAACUGGUUCUGUAACCUAGCCAGCGAGGCAAGGCAGGAGGGUCGUAUCCGUGACGACUUCGCCUUCAAGGGGCUCAUGGAGGAGGUGAACAUCUACAGGGGCUGCCUGGGGAUGAUCUACAGCUACGACUGGAUCAGUGUACCGCUGGUGUAUACUCAGGUAGUAACAGUUGCGGUGUACACCUUCCUGUUGUCCUGUCUGAUGGGUCGGCAGUACCUGGACCCCACCCAGGGGUACGAGGGUCAUGAUGUGGACCUGUACGUCCCAGCCUUCACCCUGCUCCAGUUCUUCUUCUACAUGGGAUGGCUCAAGGUUGCCGAGCAGCUGAUCAACCCUUUUGGGGAGGAUGACGAUGACUUUGACAGUAACUGGUGCAUCGACAGGAACCUACAGAUCUCAUACCUGGCUGUUGAUGACAUGUACCUGUCCCACCCGCCCCUGGAGAAGGAUAUCUACUGGAACCAGCCGGACCCAGACCUGCCCUACACACAGGCAGCUCUUAGCAGUAGAACAACUCCCUUCCUGGGAUCUACCUUCGAACUCAGACUGAACAAAGACGACAUGGAGUUCACGCACCUCCCGACCUUGGAGGAGUCUUCCAGCAGCAGUGACAACCCUCCCAAGUACACCUCCAAGUUCCGCUCUCACGCCCCCGGCCCAAACUGCACCCUCUCCCACGCCAGUUCCACCUUCUCUCUGAAGAGCUCGGCCCCUGGGACCCCCGGGCAGCCGGUCCCCCACCCCUCGGGAAUGAGGCGCAUGGACAGCAUCAUCACACCCUGCUCUACCGCUACAAACAGUCUGAAGCGCAACUUCACCUUCCGUAAGCCCGCCCACCACGCAGACAGCUACACAGAGCUGCGCGCCAUGGCCAAGAUGCACCGCGUGGAUUCUCAGGACUCGCUCGUCCCUCCUGAAGACCAUACAGACCAUGCGACAGGUGAGAAGGAGCUUGUCAGCCGGUCUCCUUCCGAUCCCGGAAACCCAUGUCUCAGCCUCAACAACUGUCUUAAAGGAAAGAAACUUCUACAAGCCGGUGAUCAAGUUGCGGCGGCGGAAGGACACGGGACCGGUAUCCCGGCCUUCUUCAGCUCUACGCCGUUGCCACGGAAACAGAUGUCGCGGUCGGUGUCUGAGCUAGCGGCAGACGGUGCUCUCCUCGGCAGCAAGCUUGGCACGAACUUCCACGAGAGCCUUGACGAGGGGAUGUCGAGCUUGACAAAGCUGGGACCCGGAAGCGAUUUUCUCUGCUCGUCUGACUACUUCUCCAACGAGAAGCUUCGGGGGAACAAAUCCUCCGCCAGUCUGGAGGAGAAAGACAAGUCUGCUUCCGCGGAUCAGCCCAAAGACGGCGACAGCAAACCGUCACGGUUCACGGUGAGACGGCCGUCCGACACGCCGCCCCUCAGACCCAAGGGUCUGGCAGCGUUCCUGUAUGAUGAUGAUGAUGUAGACGAGGGUUUGUACAGCGCCACCAACAGUGCCUACAGCACGGUGAACAGUGUGCACGAUGUGGUCAGUAUUGAGGUGCACCCCGUGCUGCCUGAGGACGAUGAUGCCACCUCUGGUCAGGAGCUGCAGGACAACAACAAUCGGGACGACACGGCCCCGCCUCCGGACGUGGUGGUGGUGAACAUGGAGGAUGAGGAGAACGGCAACAGUCCGGAGACGGAGGUGGAGCUGCCGCGACUCACGUCCGUCUGAAGAAACUAACGUCUGUGCAAUUCACCUUAACAAAGGGGCACACCUCAUGAUAAUCUUACUUAUGGUGCAAAAUUGAAGUACUGGAUCACAUAUUCAAGAUAGAACAAAAAACUUUGAAAUGUGGCGCAAAUGUUACUGGUUUUACUGCAGACAUGACAUAGAACAUUUGGUAACAAUCUAUAUGCUAUGUUAUGUUGAGACAUGACAUUAAUACGUGCAGGUCACAUUGUGUUCGUUUCACACAUUGUGCAUUAGUGAAGUUAGUGGCUGCCUUACUGUCUGUUUUGUCCUUUAAAUGUUCGUCAGAGAACUGUUCCUACACGUACACAGCUUGUUGUAUACUUUUGCAAAACAUGUGGUCUAUAUCAGUUACGGCGGCCUGUUGUGUCCUUUAAAUGUGCCCUGGCUCUUCAGAAAACCGUUCCUAAUUAGUACACGCACAGUUGGCCUUCUGAGUUCUAGAUAAAUCUGAAUUCUGUUGCAAAAUAUUUUAUUUGCAAUACAACUACAUCAGUAACAGAAGAUUAUAAGGCACAAACAAACAAAACAAAAUGGUGCUGGUGAUAUGACCUGUAUUAUUUAUGAAAGCCUGUCAGACAGCUAAUGUAUAGAUUGCUUGAACCCUAAGAGGGCGAUGUGUACAUAAUGUGAAGUGCCAUCAAAGUGUCCGAUACUGCAGCAAGUCUGCAGAAAUGCUUAAAGCCACGUACUAGAUAAAAGAUGUCAUAUCAGAACUAGUGCUGACCGUUAGCUGUCCAUAUCCCAAGUGCAAUCACUGACAUAUGCGUGUAGAUAAAAAAAGAACUGAGUCCGAUGCUGCAACGAAAGACAAAGUGCACACCUGAU